GGUAUGUAAGAGUAACCUUUUUCCCACGUCUGGGCAAAAAUAAUAUUUAAUCUUUUUAUUUCUCCUCUUUAGGGAAUGGCAUUUACAUUACAGGAACGACAAAUGCUUGGUCUUCAAGGACUUCUACCUCCCAAAAUAGAGACACAAGAUAUUCAAGCCUUACGAUUCCACAGAAACUUGAAAAAAAUGAGUAGCCCUUUGGAAAAAUACAUCUAUAUAAUGGGAAUACAAGAAAGAAAUGAGAAAUUGUUUUUUAGAAUACUGCAAGAUGAUAUCGAAAGCCUGAUGCCAAUUGUAUAUACACCAACAGUUGGGCUUGCCUGCUCUCAGUAUGGACACAUCUUUAGAAGACCUAAGGGAUUAUUUAUUUCAAUCUCAGACAGAGGUCAUGUUAGAUCAAUUGUGGAUAACUGGCCAGAAAAUCAUGUUAAGGCUGUUGUGGUGACUGAUGGAGAGAGAAUUCUGGGUCUUGGAGAUCUGGGUGUCUAUGGAAUGGGAAUUCCAGUAGGAAAACUGUGUUUGUAUACAGCUUGUGCGGGAAUACAGCCUGAUAAAUGCCUGCCUGUGUGUAUUGACGUGGGAACUGAUAAUGUAGCACUCUUAAAAGAUCCAUUUUACAUGGGCUUGUAUCAGAAACGAGAUCGCUCACAACAUUAUGAUGACCUGAUUGAUGAGUUUAUGAAAGCUAUUACUGACAGAUACGGCCGGAACGUACUUAUUCAGUUUGAAGACUUUGGAAAUCAUAAUGCAUUCAGGUUCUUGAGAAAAUAUCGAGAAAAAUAUUGUACAUUUAAUGAUGAUAUUCAAGGGACCGCUGCAGUAGCUCUAGCAGGUCUUCUUACUGCACAAAAAGUUACUAGGAAACCUAUCUCAGAACACAAAAUCUUAUUUCUUGGCGCAGGAGAGGCUGCUCUUGGAAUUGCAAAUCUCAUAGUUAUGUCUAUGGUAGAAAAUGGCCUCUCAGAAGAAGAGGCUCAAAAGAAAAUCUGGAUGUUUGACAAGUAUGGUUUAUUAGUUAAGGAGCGGAAAGGCAAAAUAGAUAAUAAUCAAGAACUAUUUGCUCACUCAGCCCCAGAGCACAUACCUGAUACUUUUGAAGAGGCAGUAAAUAUACUUAAGCCUUCAGCUAUAAUUGGAGUUGCAGGUGCUGGCCGUCUUUUCACUCCUGGUGUAAUCAAAGCCAUGGCCUGUAUCAAUGAAAGGCCGGUAAUAUUUGCACUAAGUAAUCCUACAGCAAAGGCUGAGUGCACGGCUGAAGAAGCAUAUACACUUACAGAGGGAAGGUGUUUGUUUGCCAGUGGCAGUCCAUUUGAGCCAGUAAAACUCAGCGAUGGGAGAGUCUUUAUACCAGGUCAAGGAAACAAUGCAUAUAUAUUUCCAGGUGUGGCUUUAGCUGUUAUUCUCUGUCACACCCGGCACAUAAGUGACAAUGUUUUCCUAGAAGCUGCAAAGGCACUGACAAGCCAAUUGACGGAGAAGGAGCUAGCUCAAGGGAGACUUUACCCACCACUUGCUAAUAUUCAGGAAGUGUCUAUUAACAUUGCUAUUAAAGUUACAGAAUACCUGUAUGCUAAUAAAAUGGCUUUCCGAUACCCAGAACCUGAAGACAAGGCCAAAUAUGUUAAAGAAAGAAUAUGGCGAAGUGAAUAUGAUUCUCUGCUGCCAGAUGUGUAUGAAUGGCCAGAAUCCGCAUCAAGACCUCCCCUGCUAGUGGAAUAGAAGCACUCCCACUGUGAAGUUUUUUCCAUGCUUCAGGGAACCCAUUUUUUCAGACAAAAAGAGAUAAUGUUCUGAGA